AUGGAGCAAGCGGCAGCGGCCCAGGCCUUGGAGCAGAUACCAUCACUGAACAAUGGCCUCCAGCAUCAGGAAGAAACAGGCCCCGCCUCAUCUCUGGACAUUGAGGAAUCUGCUUUGAAAGCCAAUGUUGUUGUACAGGAAGCCAAGGAUUUGACUGCCAGUGACAAAGAAGUGAAUUUGAUUUUGACAAAUGUAGUAGCAGAUGGCAGAACUGAGAGGCGGGAUCCUGAGCCAACUGAUGCUGAGACUGCAACACACAUUGGCAAAGUGACAGCUGCAGAUGCCAUUGCUGCUGAAUUGGAUUUCAAGUCAACCCAUUCAGAGACGAAAGAGGUGGGCAGGGCUCACAGCAAUGAUGGAGCAGGCAAUGGCAUGAUGCCCCAGGGUAGGAUUAAGGAUUGGAGUACCAUAGCAACCACACGGAUUCCAGAAGUUACAGGUCAGUUUAACAAAGGCCUAGUGUUGGGUCCCAGCACAGGAGUAACAUCAGAGGACACAAAGCUCGAACAAGGCAAACAGGAAGAUGAUGAUGAUGUCAUUUCCCUUGACUGUGAAAUUCUUGGAUUUGGUCCUGAUAUUGAGUUCCUGGGCCCAGAUGCUGAGAUCUAUAUGCAAUUCAUGCGGAGUCAUCGCUGUUAUGAUGCUAUUCCCACCAGCUCCAAACUGGUAGUGUUUGAGACCACUCUGCAGAUUAAAAAGGCGUUCUUGGCCCUGGUGGCUAAUGGGGUGCGAGCCGCUCCUCUUUGGGACAGCAAGCAGCAGUGCUUUGUGGGGAUGCUGACCAUCACUGAUUUUAUUAAUAUCUUACAUCGCUAUUAUCGAUCCCCUCUGGUUCAGAUAUACGAGAUUGAGGGACACAAAAUUGAAACUUGGAGAGAGGUGUAUUUGCAGGGUUCCUUCAAGCCUUUGGUGCACAUUUCUCCAAACCAAAGCCUCUUUGAUGCAGUUUAUUCCUUGAUUAAGAAUAAGAUCCACCGGCUGCCUGUGAUUGAUCCCAUCUCGGGGAAUGUCCUGCACAUCCUGACCCACAAGCGCAUCCUCAAAUUUCUGCAUAUCUUUGGAGCCAUGCUUCCAAAGCCACGUUUCCUGCAGAAAACCAUCCACGAGCUGGGCAUUGGUACCUUUCGUGACAUUGCAAUAGUCUUAGAUUCAGCUCCUGUCUAUACAGCUCUGGAGAUUUUUGUAGAUCGCAGAGUCUCGGCGCUACCUGUGGUUAAUGAAAAAGGAGCAGUAGUUGGCCUCUAUUCUCGCUUCGAUGUGAUUCAUUUGGCUGCCCAGAAGUCUUACAACAACCUGGACAUUAGUGUGGGGGAAGCCCUGAAACAGCGCUCCGUCUGCCUAGAAGGGGUCCUUACAUGCUAUCCCCAUGAAACAUUAGAAGAGAUCAUUGAUCGCAUUGCCAAAGAACAGGUCCAUCGCCUGGUUCUGGUGGAUAAGAAGAACACUCCGCGGGGGAUCGUGUCCCUCUCUGACAUUCUCCAAGCCUUGGUGCUCACACCUGCAGGUAUCGAUGCCCUAAACUCUUAG